AUGUCUCUAGCCCGUACAGCAUUGCUGGCUACCGGCGCCGUGCUGGUCCAGCUUGCCGGCGCCGUCGACCUCAACGAUCCGCUGGACGGCUGCCCUCGCGCCGCGCGGUCCAUUGCCGAGAACCAAAGCGUCUUCAACUCGACGGGCGAGUCGUCCUUCAAGCUGCCCGGCCAGUCGGACGACUGGUACCUCGCCCUGACGUUCCGCGACGAGCGCGAGCAGAAUGCCCUCUACGGCACGUCGCAGACCCGCCAGACGCUCGGCGUCAUUGUCAGCGUCCCCGAGAGCUUCCCCAACAGCGCGGCGGGCAAGGAGACCAGCCUCUGCGUGUACCGCCUCGAGCAGCAGAGCGCCACCGCCAACGAGCAGGCUUCGUGCUCGGGUAUCCUCAGCGAUGAGUGCAUCAAGGCCCUGAACAGCGUCCCUGCCGCGAGUGACGGCUCCUGCCCGGUGCCCGACAUUUCCGGUGCUUGUGGCGAUGCCAAGGUUGUUGGAUCCACCUCCACACCUCUCGUCUUCAACAACACGCUAUGCUCUACAAAUGCCACCAUCCCCGACUCUGAUGCCAUCCCGGAUGGCUAUCAGAACUACGUCACCUUUGCGUCUGGGCAGCUCAACAAGAGCGACGACAGCAGGACGUCCUACACCGUCUACAACGAGCACAUCCUGCGCCCUGCGCCCAUUCUCAUCACUGCCAAGUUUGGCGGUGAGGCCAAUUCCACUACUACCGGCAGCACUCAGUCCAAGCUGCUCUGCCUUGCGCCGAGCAAGGUCAUCCAGGGAAGUCGCACUGCCGUGGUGAAUUCCAGCGGCGCUACUGCCGGAGCCCUCCUCGGUGCUGCCAAGCCGGUGCUGCUAGUCAGCCUUGUGUCGAGCAUCCUGGCGGCGGUGCUGUAA